CAGACGCACCAUUUUUAAAUAACGUCAAAUAACGCUACAUUUAAUAAUUUACAUUCUUUGAAGACUCAUAAAAAUGUCUGUAGAAGCAGGAUUCGUUGAAGACUUGGAUGUUAAGGGGAUUAUAGGAUUUGACGGAAGCACUAUUAAAGGUCUAAUUGUGCAUCCUGAUGGGAAAAAUAUAAUAUAUCCAAUUGGAAAUAAAGUAAUUGUGCAGGAUUUUGUUACAAAGAAGCAACAAUUUUUAAGUGGGCAUACAAAUGGAAUUUCCGCAGUUGCAUUAUCGGAUACUGGAAAAUACAUUGCAAGUGGACAAAUCAAUCACAUUGGUUUUAGGGCGCAGCUUAUCAUCUGGAGCUUUAGUGAACUGAAAAUGAUCGAUACUCAUGAAUUACACAAAGUACGUGUUGAAGCUGUAUCGUUUUCUCGAAACGAACGCUAUUGCAUCUCUUUGGGCGGCAGAGACUGCGAACAGGUCUUCGUUUGGGAUAUCGAAGGUAAAGGCAUUAUGUGUUCAGCUCACGUGACACGGGGUUCUCAGGGCGAAGCCUACGCUUUAGCGACGCUUACCCGUCGUUCAUCUUGCUUUAUAACUGGUGGUGAUAAUCAUUUAGCCGUUUGGCGCAUUGAUCGAGAUUCCAAACGGCUGUCUUGCUAUGACGUUUCUGUUCCCAAGAUGCGGCGCACUUUCCUUUGUAUUGAAGUCGAUCAAAGAGAUGAGGUGUGUUACUGCGGUACAUCAACUGGUGACGUGGUGAAAGUAAGAUUAAAUUUUCAUCACGAUCCGGAAAACGAGGCUCCCUUACGAUCACCUAUGGUUAUCGGUUGUUUUGCUAGGCUAUCCCAUAAGAAAUUGCCAAGGGGGAAUGUGGAUCUUUAUGAAUAUGGUGUGCGGGUCAUUAAGAGAUUGCGCACUGGUCAGUUAUUAAUUGGGGCUGGUGAUGGAACUCUGGAAUUGGUGGAAGAAGCUACACCUAAAGCUCCUAAAAAUUUGGAAAAAGUUAAAAUACCUUCGAUGCCCGCUUUAAGAGUGCUGCAGUCAACCAAGGUGAACAGUACAGUAACCUCAAUUUCGAUUAUUCAAAAGACGCAAUUGCUAGUUGCCACUAAGGCAUGCGAAAUCUUCCAAAUUGAUAUGCAAACUUUCGACCCGAAAUUAGUAGUGACAUGUCACACCUCCCCAAUUUAUUGCGUCAGUUUUCCAAACAAUUUUUCACAAGUCUUUGCCACAGCAAGCAAAGACGACGUACGUGUCUGGUCGCUUCUUAACAUGCAAGAAUUGCUUCGCAUUGUCGUCACCAACUUCAGUUGUUCCGAAGUAACGUUUUCUUCAGACGGCAAAAGUAUAUUGACCGCCUGGAAUGACGGCGUCAUCAGAGCAUUUACGCCGAUAACAGGAAGAUUAAUGUAUUCGAUAUUCAACGCCCACAACAAAGGAGUCUCAGCCAUGGCAAUAACUACGCAUGGAAGACUUUUAGUUAGUGGAGGAUGUGAAGGACAAGUCCGACUAUGGGACAUACUGCCAUACAACCAAUCGUUGAUUUGCACUUUGAAAGAACACAAGGGUCCGGUAUCCGCGAUUAAAAUCAACCAUACAGAUGACGAGGCCGUGAGUGCCAGCACUGACGGCACCUGCAUCUUGUGGAAUCUGAUUAGUAAAGUUCGUCGUCAGAUCAUCUUUUCCAACACUUUAUUCAUGACGGUCAAGUAUUUUCCGACCGGAGUGCAAAUAUUAACUGGCGGAUCGGAUCGCAAGGUUUGCUACUGGGAAAUAUUGGAUGGCAGUCUUGUACGAGAGAUCGAGGCCUCCACCUCUGGAGCCAUCAACACCCUCGACAUAUCGCCCAGCGGAGAGUUUUUCGUUACGGGAGGAAACGAUCAACUGGUUAAGUUGUGGCGUUAUCAAGAAGGUAUUACAAUAAAACUGGGUGUAGGCCAUUCAGCUGUCAUCACAGCAGCAAGAUUCAGCCCUAACAGCCGAUACAUCGUAACGACCAGCGCAUCCGGAGACAUAUUUGUAUGGGAGUUACCACAAAAAACUGAAGAAACAGUUGAGGAUAACAAAGCAGCACCAGACAACGAAGAAAACGAAGAGAAUAUCAAAGAUGUAACAUCAGCAAGAAGCAGUCUUAGCAGUAUUCCGAGCAAAUCUGACAGAACCGAUUCAUGUUGCUAUUCAUCAUCAUCUUCUUCUUGUUCCAAAUUCUCUGAUAAAUCGUGCCAAGAUUCUACCUGUUCCUCUUGUAAAAGGCAAAAAGCUAUUUCUGUUAAGUCCGAAAAGGCGAAAAGUGUCCGAAGUGACGAAAUUUCUUGUAAGGAUUCCAAAUGUAGCUGCGGAUCUGUGAAGAAAAAUGACAAGCCAGGGGAAAAGUCUCGUUGUAGGAAAGGUGAUUCCUAAGUUUUCAGCGUCACAAAUUUUUAUAUUUUUGUAUUUUUAUACAAUAAAUUAUACAAUUAUA